AUGUUCCACCUCAAUUUGAGAACGGCAGCUUCUCCACCGCCCACCUCAUCGGGUGCAACAGCCGGCACUGCCGUGACCGCGCCCGCCGACACCCCAGCGCUAAACGAGGUGCCAUGGACGGUCAUCGACGCGGAUGAGAACGAGUCCUUCGAGAGCACCCCAUCCACACGCAGCGGUGGCGGCGACGGCACCAACGAAAGCGGCUCGUCAGGCACCGCCUCUCCCCAGCUAUCGGAACCGCAGGUGUUAGUGGACCAAGGUCCCUAUCCGCACUGCCCCAUCUUCAUCCCGUCGAAGGGCCGGUGUGAGUUGGAGCGCAGCACCAUGGCCACUCUCCUGCGCGAUCUCGUGCCUUUUGUGUUGGUCGUGGAGCAAGAUGAGGUGAAGGCCUACAGUGCACUGCUGGACCGCCUCGUCGGACAAAACUACGGUUUUGCGGGGAUGGUUUACUCUUCACCGACAACCGGUGCCGCGCCGGGCUCGCCAGCGAAGGAAGCCGAGGCAAAGGACUCCAAGGAGAACGGUGCCACCAUAAGAGACUCAGCGGUAGAAGCGGCGGCGGACGAUUUAUGGGACUUUCCUUGUGCCUGUUGCUGUCGCGGUGACGGGGGUAGUCGCGGCAGCAAUACGAAGGGCAGCGGGUCGCCAUUCACCGCCGUCGAGACACUCGCCCACCGGCUGUCGAAGUCGUUUCAUCACGGAUACGUGUUCGAGCCGCCCACACAGAACACGGCAUCGGAGCAGGCGAACGACGCGCACAGCCGCGAAGAGGGCUCUGCGGAGACCGGUGCGCACCUGGGGAACGGCGGGGCGUUUCAGGGAGCCGCAGCGGAGCGGGUGGCGGCGGUUGCCGGCGAAAGCGGCACUUCACCCCCUCGUCGUCCGUCUCCCGCCUUUGUGCUGCGCGAUGUGAACGACGUUCGUGCUCUUUUCCGCAUUGAGGUGCUGCCGGAGGCGAACCGCGGUGUCUCGUACGUGCGCAACUACAUUCUACAGGUGCUCGUCCCGCGUAUGAUGGUGGCGUGUGGGGUCGAUCAGUCCGGCAAUAUGGAGGAGCUCUGCCUCACCGGCCCUGGGGAGCACAGCACCCUCACGCCAGCCGCGUUGCGCUCGGUUGCCCUCGAUCCCGAUGUGUAUAACGCCUUGCAGAACAAGACGGACAUGGAGAAGUACCUUGACACGCGACGGAGUCGUGCCACAGCACAACUGAGUGGCAGCGGCGGUGGACGAGGUGCCAAACCAUAUUACGCCGGCCUCACUGCCGGGGCGUACGGAGGAGCAGCGGUCGAGACAGCGACGGACAAUGCAAACAGGCCGGCGGCGUCGUCACUGAUGAAUGGCACACAAGUCACGCGUGACACCCCGCGACUUCUGCACGGUCUCUUCGGCUUCUACUGGGUCCUGGAUGACGACAUCUACGGCUUUUAUGAGCUGCAGGGAACAGGGCAGAAGCAGCAGCGUAUUUCGAGUCGGACGAUGUUGCGCGAGGUGGAGAGCCGGCUGCGGCUGCUGCGCCGCAACGCCGACCUCGCCUCUCCCCCGCCGCCCUCCGUGCCGCCAGCCGGGUUUGUGGUGUCGGCCAGUGCAGGCAGCCCCACCGGCUACGGCAUCCCGCAGCAGCAAUACGUCUUCACCGGGAAAGAGGAUGCCCUGGCGAACAACUACAUCAGCGGUGCAAAGGGGAGGUUGCCGACACUGCAGAACUACUCCCUCUACUACUCCACGGCCUGCUUCUCGCUCGAGUACGGCCGCUUCGCCCUCAGCUCAGCGCCGGACUCCUUGGCGGUCAACUCGUACAACAACAUCGCGUGCCUCUUCAACUACACCCUGCUGCACAACCCACCACAGAUGCGCUACUUUCCUCCAGGGGUGCCAAACGUGCGCCGCCCCGAGGACACCUUGGUCGGCUACCUCGGACACAGCAUGCUGUGGUACCGCUUCGCGAUUCGCGAGGACUACGACUUCACGCUGCAGCUCGUCGCCCGAGGCCUGUACACGCUGCGCUUCCGCAGCCUCUCCUUUGAAGUACCACAGAUGAUGAAGGUGCGGGGCGGCAUGACGGACUACUACCGCAACUGCCAAGAGGAGAUCCGUCAGCAGAACAACCGCUUUGUUCUGCAGUGGCCCGCCGUCGCGCAGCAUUGGGUAAAAGGGAAGGAGGACAACAAGCGAGACGACAUUCGAGUUCGGUGGGAUUUGCUAAGCCCGGCCCGUGCGAAGCAUCCCGGGGCCUUCCUUUACCUGAACGCCCCUUUGCCGCAGCUGCAGCCUCAGCGCAGCGACGAAGGCAAGUCGGACACCGCAGGCGCAGAGUCGCACAAGCGCGCCCGACCGACGUCGCCAACGGCAGGCGCGCUGGAGAGCAGCAGUGGCGCGCCAAGAGCGAGGGACGGAAAUCCAACCCCGUCCCCGGUGGCGUCGGCCGCGCAGGAUUGGAAGGGCGGCUACGUGGUGGAGCGGUGGCGCGACAUCAGCCCUGCGGAGGCCAAAGCGCAUGUUGGUCUGAUUGCCCUGCCGAGCGAUGCCGUCCACAUUGGUCAGACCGUCGCCGCCAUCCCGCCAUUUUUUGAGCAGCAGCCCUCCGUGGUGCUCGCCACCGUGAUCGACCGAUCCGUAAAGGAAGAAAGCGCGUCGUCGAAGUCGCACGUGGUGUGGACGGCGGUGGCGCAGGAUGUCCGGGGCAUGCCGUUUCUGCACAUCGAGACGUGCUAUCAGCCUCCGGAGGAGGGCAUUGUGACGGCCGCCGAGAAGCUGGACCGAUUCUUCACCGGUCUUGAUGCGUGA